AUGAAGUUGUUUAGAGGUUUCCUAACCCUCUUAAUCACUCUGAUAUGUACGCUCCAAUGGUCUUCUUUAGCCUUCAACAGCAAAAAGUCUUAUAUAGUCUAUUUGGGAGGACAUAACAAUGGACUUGAAGCGUCUGAGAUUAAAGAGUCUCACUUUGAGUUUCUUCGUUCGAUUUUAGGAAGCAAAGUGAGUGUUGAUGAGGAAUUGAUUUACUCAUACGAUAAGCAUAUUAAUGGUUUCUCUGCUAUUCUUGACGAGGAUGCUGCUGCUAAACUUGCAGAUCAUCCCGAUGUUGUGUCGGUGUUUCCAAAUAAGGGGCUAAAACUACACACAACCCAUUCCUGGGAUUUUUUGAAGCUUGAAAGAAAUGGUGUCAUUGAUUCAUCCUCUUUGUGGAGGAAAGCAAAAUUUGGUAAAAACAUCAUCAUUGCUAACCUUGACACUGGUGUUUGGCCUGAAUCACAAAGCUUCAGUGACGAUGGUUAUGGGCCCAUUCCAUCAAAGUGGAAGGGCGGAUGUGAGAACCAAACCUCAGUAGCAUGCAACAAUAAACUUAUUGGUGCGAAGUACUUUAACAAAGGGUACAUAGCCUUGUAUGGAGCCUUGACUACUUCAAUGAACAAUGCACGUGACCAUGAAGGACAUGGUAGCCACACGUUGUCAACUGCUGGUGGUAACUUCGUAUCAGGAGUGAGUAUCAAUGGAAUAGGAAACGGAACAGCCAAAGGUGGUUCACCAAGAGCACGGGUCGCCGCGUAUAAAGUCUGCUGGCCUCAAACUAUAACGGGAGGUGAAUGUACAGAAGCAGAUAUCUUGAAAGGCUUUGAUGUUGCGAUUGAAGAUGGUGUUGAUGUAUUAUCAGUCUCUCUUGGAGGCCCCCCUUCAGAUUAUUUCCAAGAUGCGAUAGCCAUCGCUUCCUUCCAUGCUAUCGCGAAAGGUAUCACCGUCGUGUUUUCUGCAGGAAAUGAGGGACCCGCUCCUGGAACUGUCACCAAUGUGGCUCCUUGGAUAUUAACCGUUGGAGCUAGUACAAUCGAUCGCGAGUUUCAAGCUUUUGUGGAACUUCGUAGUGGACUCCGCCUAAAGGGAUUAAGCCUGUCGAAACCCUUGCCAGCUGAGAGAUUGUAUCCUCUACUUAAUGCUGCAAAUGCUAAAGCUGCAAAUGCAUCAAUGACGAAUGCGAUGCUUUGCAAGGACGGUGCACUCGAUCCGAAUAAGGUGCAUGGGAAGAUUUUGGUGUGCCUAAGGGGAAGCAAUGGAAGAGUUGAAAAGGGAAAAGUAGCUCGUCUUGCUGGUGCUUCUGGCAUGAUUCUUUGUAAUGACAAGUCCAGUGGUAAUGAAAUAAUCGCUGAUCCUCACUUCAUUCCAGCAACACACAUCACUUAUGCUGAUGGGCUUCGUCUCUAUGCUUAUCUCAGCUCUACAAAGGAUCCAUUGGGGUACAUCACACAUCCUGCACCUGUGGUAAACAUUAAACCUGCUCCAUCGAUGGCAGCUUUCUCCUCCAGGGGUCCAAAUAUAAUCACCCCAGGGAUUCUCAAGCCUGAUAUUACAGCACCUGGAGUGAAUAUCAUUGCAGCGUUCACCCAAGAUUCGAAAACAGACAUACCAUAUAACAUAGAAUCAGGUACUUCUAUGUCAUGCCCACAUGUUUCUGGAGUUGUUGGACUCCUCAAGAACGUUCACCCUGACUGGAGUCCUGCUGCCAUCAAAUCCGCUAUCAUGACAACUGCAAAUUCAAGAGACAACGAGGGGCAGCCAAUGAUGGAUGCCAGUAAGAGUGAGGCAAAUCCAUUCAGCCGUGGAGCUGGAGAAAUUUGCCCAAACCGUGCAAUGGAUCCAGGAUUGGUUUACGACAUAAGUGCAAACGACUACCUUGACUUUCUUUGCGCUAGUGGAUACAACCAAACCAUUCUUCAGAAGUUCUCUGGGUACCCUUACGAAUGCCCAGAAUCAAACAACGGCAUCUUAGAUUUAAACUACCCUUCCAUAACUGUCCAUAAACUAUCUGGUACAGUCACUGUCACAAGGAAACUUAAGAAUGUUGAUAAACCUGGCAUCUAUCUAGUUCGUGUUAGGAGCCCGGUUGGGAUAUCGGUAGACGUGGAACCAAAAGUUCUGAAUUUUCAGAAGCAAGGUGAAGUAAAGAAGUUUCAGCUGACAGUGAAAACUGAUGGCACGAAAGUGAUUAAAGGUUACGUUUUUGGUGAACUUAUAUGGUCUGAUGGAAAGCACCUAGUGAAGAGCCCCAUAGUUGUUUCUGUGGCGUAUAUCAUUAGUUAG